CUCUCCUCCUCCUCCUCCUCCUCGCACUCUCUGCACCUUGUUAUUAAUCUCUAAAGCGAUAGCGCCCGGACUCCUCUCCCCGGCCCUCGGGGUUGUGAGCGUGUGUGAAUUAGAGCGAAGGCACCGAAAGCUCGCGUCUCUCUGUCUCUCCCUCUUUCUCUCGCUGCUCGGCCCCGGCCUCGCUCGGCAGCUACCCGGCUCGGCAGCAACCCCCGCAGCGGCAGCAGCCUCAGCGCCAGGAGGCCAAGGCCAAGGGCGGGCUCCGCGAGGUUUUCGCAGCAGCGGCAGCGGCGUCUCCGGCGACCGCGGGCCCUCUCCUGCGCGCCCCGGUCCUGCGCCCCGCGGCGCGGCGCGGCGCGGCCCGCGUUCCCCCUCCCCGCCCCCCGAUCCGUCUGCUCUGCGCUCCCUUCGGCCGCCCUCCGCCGCCUCGGUGGUUCCUCAGGCGGCCCGGCCCGGCCCGCCCGCCCCGCGUCCCCUCCGGCCGGUGCCUCUCCCCCCGGCGGGCUGCCUGCAUGUCUUUACUGCCCUCAGCCCCGCCGCCACCGCCGCCGCCGCCUCCCCCGCCGCCGCAGCCCCAGCAGAAGCAGCAGCAGCCGCCUCGCCGCCGCCGUCGUCGCCGCCGCCCGGACCCUGGCGCGCUGAAUGCAGACUAAUAGGGAUGCCAAAGGAAAAAUAUGAUCCUCCAGAUCCUCGCAGAAUUUACACCAUCAUGUCAGCAGAGGAGGUAGCCAAUGGGAAGAAAUCUCACUGGGCAGAAUUAGAAAUCUCGGGUAGAGUGCGGAGCUUAAGUACAUCGCUCUGGUCACUGACACACUUGACAGCACUGCACCUAAAUGACAAUAACCUUGCUCGCAUUCCGCCUGACAUUGCCAAGCUUCACAAUCUGGUUUACCUGGAUCUGUCAUCCAAUAAACUCAGAAGUUUACCAGCAGAACUAGGAAACAUGGUGUCUCUCAGGGAAUUGCUUUUAAAUGACAAUUAUUUACGGGUUUUGCCUUAUGAACUUGGCCGGCUCUUCCAGCUACAAACUCUAGGUUUAACAGGCAAUCCUUUAUCACAGGAUAUUAUGAGCUUAUACCAGGACCCAGAUGGAACCCGAAAGCUACUGAACUUCAUGCUUGACAAUCUUGCAGUUCAUCCAGAGCAGCUUCCUCCGAGGCCAUGGAUUACAUUAAAAGAACGAGACCAAAUUCUGCCAUCAGCAUCAUUCACGGUUAUGUGUUACAAUGUGUUAUGUGAUAAAUAUGCUACCAGGCAGCUAUAUGGCUAUUGUCCGUCCUGGGCAUUAAACUGGGAAUACAGGAAAAAGGGAAUUAUGGAAGAAAUUGUUAACUGGGAUGCAGAUAUCAUUAGUCUUCAGGAAGUGGAAACAGAGCAAUACUUUACUCUCUUUCUGCCAGCAUUGAAAGAUCGUGGAUAUGACGGAUUUUUUUCUCCAAAGUCACGUGCCAAAAUCAUGUCUGAGCAGGAAAGAAAGCAUGUGGAUGGUUGUGCAAUAUUCUUCAAAACAGAAAAAUUUACAUUGGUGCAGAAGCAUACAGUGGAAUUCAACCAGGUAGCAAUGGCAAAUUCAGAUGGAUCUGAAGCAAUGCUAAACAGAGUAAUGACAAAAGAUAACAUUGGCGUUGCUGUGGUUUUAGAGGUCCACAAGGAGCUCUUUGGAACAGGUAUGAAGCCUAUUCAUGCUGCAGACAAACAGCUGCUUAUAGUGGCAAAUGCUCACAUGCAUUGGGACCCAGAGUAUUCUGAUGUGAAACUGAUUCAGACCAUGAUGUUUGUCUCAGAGGUUAAAAACAUUCUGGAGAAAGCCUCAAGUAGGCCUGGCAGCCCAACUGCAGAUCCCAAUUCCAUCCCGCUGGUGCUAUGUGCAGAUCUUAACUCAUUGCCAGAGUCAGGUGUUGUGGAAUAUUUAAGCAAUGGAGGAGUAGCUGACAACCAUAAAGACUUCAAGGAACUACGGUACAAUGAGUGUCUUAUGAAUUUCAGCUGUAGUGGAAAGAAUGGAAGCUCAGAAGGGAGAAUCACACAUGGCUUCCAACUUAAGAGCGCCUAUGAAAAUAACUUGAUGCCUUAUACCAAUUACACCUUUGAUUUCAAAGGUGUGAUUGACUACAUUUUCUAUUCCAAGACUCAUAUGAACGUGCUUGGUGUCCUGGGGCCUUUAGAUCCUCAAUGGCUGGUUGAGAACAACAUCACUGGGUGUCCGCACCCUCACAUCCCUUCAGACCACUUCUCACUGUUAACACAACUUGAACUCCACCCUCCACUCCUGCCUCUUGUCAAUGGUGUUCACUUGCCUAAUCGGAGGUAGUGGAGUACAGCCCCGCAGAGACGGGGAUUUGUCGCUAUGGACCUGUACAGUUGUAAAUCAAAGUAUGUAGGAGUGAAGUAUGGCCAUCUUUAACGCUGCUUUUUCAGGUUCCUUUCACUAUGUGUUUGCUAUAAGACUUUGUAUAUUUUUGUGCAUACUGAUAUCAUUUGGCACUAGGGCUGGAACCAAAGUAUUACUGUCUGUCUCUAUCUAUCCAAAAGCUUAAUAUACUUUAAAAUUGGAUUUAUUUUCCUAUUGUAUUAGGAACCAACAUUCACAAUUGAUAAAUCACUAAUUUGAGACCCCACACCAAUGUUGUUCUCUAAAAACAAAUACAUUCUUUUGAAUGUUUUCAAGUAAGUCAAUCAUUUUUGUAAACGGUGAUUUUUAAAAACUCCAAAUACAAGAUUUUCAAUUGAAUGAUGGUAUGCCUUAUAGGAAAAACUUUUGAGUUUCUGUUUUCUUUCAUAACAAGCUGAAUUUUGGCUCUCAAGUCAUUUGCACAUUAACAAAGCACUUAAAUUUGCUUGAUUUGUACAUUAACUAUGAUAGCCACUAGCUAUAACAAGACAAUUUGACAAAUGAAAGAUAAUUGCAUAAUGUGCUUUAAAAUCAAGCAUAGUUUGUGACAGGUUGCUGGCCAAAUGCUGGUUGCUUUGUUUGAGGAAUCACUUUUCUCCUUUUCUUUUUCUUUUUCUUUUUCGUUUUCUUUUUUUUUCUCUUCUCUUCUCUUCUCUUCUCUUCUCUUCUCUUCUCUUCUCUUCUCUUCUCUUCUCUUCUCUUCUCUUCUCUUCUCUUCUCUUCUCUUCUCUUCUUCUCUCUCAUUUCUUCUCUUUACUUUGUCUGCCUAUUAGUCCUAGUCUUUGUAAAAGUAUCAACUCUAAGCCUGUCUCUCAAGUUCAUUUAUAAGGAAAUAGCAGAUAAUACUGCCAUACAUCUUGAAAGUAAAAUUUGGUGUUUUUAGGAUGCCCACAAAAUUAGUGUCUGGUAUUUUUCAUUUUCAUGCCCACCCUUUUUUAUUCUGUCUGGUUGUACUAGAAAAAAUAUGAUCUAUAUCUUUACCACUACAUGUAAGGAAAAUUGCUGAAUGAAAAGCCCAUGGUUAGAGUUUCAGAAAAGGAAAGCCAGAUAAUAUACAUGUUUUCUAAAGUAAAAUGGGUGUUUGUUGUUUUGGUUUUUUGUUUCAUUUUAAGAUAAAAGUAGAGAUGAUUUUGAAGAAAAGACAGAUUUGGGGAAGUAAUUGAAAACCUUGGAUCAUUUAUUUUCUGACUCUAGCUGCCAAAUGGCCAUCAUAUGCUUUUAAUCUUCGUUGCCAUUCUGUGUAGAUUUGAAUUUAGCUACUGUUUUAUUCCCAAAGUUUGAUGCCUCUAGAUGUAUUGGAAAUCCCCCGCCAUUUGUUGUUGUUGUCCAGGAGGUACCACUUGAAAAUCUUUCUUAAGAGGCAGAGAGCGUAAACACCAUUUUGUGGGGAGAAAAUUAGUUGGCAAAAUUAGAAAGUGUUAAUUAUGGCACAGUAACAUUGGAAAAGGUUGUGUCUGUGUUUUUAAGUUUUUCUUUAUUCUGCUUUUUUGCUGCUAUAAGAGUUUUCUGAAAUUUAUAUUUUAAACUUUUCAUGCACUUUACUGUUUCUAGUAUCAAAGUGUGAUAUUUUUAAUAAACAAGAAAUUUUCCAUUAUGUGAUGAAAUUUUAAAAGAAAAUAGCCUAUAUUUGUGUCUCACUAAUAUAUAAAGUACAAGUCAAAUUUAAAUUAUUUAAUUAGUUUUAAAUAUAUACAAAUUGUCUCCUCUUCCAAACCUGACAUCUUAGGCUGUUUUAUUAGUCUUAAAUGAUACAUUUCCUAUGGUCAUUUUAUACUAAUUUCUUCCAUAGUUCACUGAUCAGGCUAUAUAAAAGAAUAUUUUCCCAAAGGGUAAUUUUAGUGGGAUGAGGGUGGUGGGGUGAUAUAAUAUCACACAGGACUGCAUCCAGAAGAGCUCUGUAAAGCCUAAACUCCCUUUUAAAAGUGCCUAGUGACAGAGGCAGUGCCAUCUAUUGUAAUUGGAAUGUCGUUGUAGUUCAGCAAAGUUUGAUGUAAAUAAAAUAUUCUUUUAAAAAUGUUAAAGUACCUGAAUAAACAAACAAAAGAAUCCCUUGCUGAAAGAUUUUCCUCAGUGUUCAGGUGUCCCUUCUUAUAUACCUCAAGCAUCCAACAUCUAGCCAUGAAGACUGAUUACCUGAAGCAUAGUACUGGAAAGUAGAAUAGCAUGAAAAACUUAACUUUGUGGACAUUACCUUUUUCUGUAAUCAGCUACUGUAUGUUUAGUUUAUAUCUUUUGUUGGGGUGGGUUUUCUGCUCUGGAGGUAUAUGCACUAACAGAACAUUCUUCUUUGUUCAUAGACGCAUGUUAAUUAGCAAUGUGAGCAAUAUUUCCUACCAUACUUCACUCCCAAUAUUUUUGAGAUGUUUGUAUAAAAUGAAAUUUAAAGUUCACUUAUGAUUGUAUAUGAACCACAGAGGAGCCCAUUUAUUAAUACAAAUCUUUUUUAAUAGUUAAAUGUAGAGGGGAAAAUAAAAAAAAUUGGGAAACAUUGUAAACAGCUUAAGUUUAUUUUGUGUAUGAUUGAGGCACUCUGUUGCAAGAAGGUGUGUAAUUGGGUCUCUCUGCUUCCAAAUGCACUCUUUCAAACCAUUCAUUAUCCUGUGUAUUUUAAUGUGGUUUUCGUAAAUGUUGGUAGUAGCUAUGUUGAAGUAGGUGAUUGUGUUUUGUUUGGGGUGGCAAACACCUAGGGCAUGGUAUUCCAAAUUUCAUGUGCACGGUUUCCCUUUAACCUCUUGCCCAAAUUUCACACACUGUUUCCCCUUGUUCCCUUUGUAAAAGGAGUGGUAUCUUGUUUUGAGCUGCCAGUUCAGAUGAUCAGAAAUGCUGCUGUCCUCAGCAUUGUCUUGUUAAAUGCAUGCCAUUUGAAACUUUGGCAGUGAGAAGCCCAAAGAACAAGGUGAAUGACAUGGUAUAUAGUCAAUAAAAGUGAAAUAUAUAUGCUCAUAUACUUUUUAGUUCUCAGAAUAAGUUAAUAAGCUUUAUGCCUUUGGGCUGCUGCAUAUUUUAUCUGAUAAGAGAAAAUUUGGGCAUUUUUAGAUUAUGCUAUGUAUUUUUUUAAAUGUUAAAUAUGAUUUCUGGUAAUUGUCUUAAGAACUGGAGUGUUAAAUUUAUUAAAAUGGUGUUGUUUGAAAAAGGGGAAACUGCACUGUUUGCCAUUAUAAAAGUAAUACAAGUGCAUGUCAAGUCACCCACUGUCAAGCAUCAGUAUCCUCAUAGCUUUACACACUUUGAUGGGGAAGAUUGCAGCAUUCUCAGGACUGACAUCUGGAAAAGGCUCAAAUCACUUACUGCUCCUUGCUUGUUGACUUUGUUUUACAAUAUUGUGCCUGGUGUCAACUUUUAAGCAACAGCACUGCCUAAAAGCAAGCAGAGAACAGAAUCCCAGCACCAUUCUAUAGGCAACUUUUUAGACUUCAGAUACAGUAAAUCUGUUCAAGAUUUAUGAUGUUUUAUGUAAAAAAAAAUUUUGUACAACAUAGCUGAUAUUUUUGUUUGAUUUAUUUGAUGUAAGGCGUGUGAACAUUCAUUCGAAUAUCACAUGUUAAAGUCAGGUAUGGCACAAUGGGUUCCGAGACCAGCUUCCCUACCCCCUCCCAUUUGCCUUGUUCUAAUCUCUUUCUUUUCAAAUUACAUUUCUGGUAUUCAUAGGCAGAUAUUUAAUUUUACUGAUAAGCAUCCUGUGUGAAUGUACUUUAAAAGCCACUAUGUUUUAGUGUUAUAGUUUGUAGAAUUAUGAAACUUCUCCUCCUCCCCCUUUUUUCUUGUUGUCUUAAAGUCAUAAAUCACUGAGAAGGGAGAAAGUUAAAAUCUAUCCAAGACUCAUAUCACUUGAAUCUGUGGCAGAUUAUGUUAAAAAUUGAAGGUGUGGCAAUUAAAGCUAGAACAUGGACAAUAUUGUGCUGUUAAAAAUUCUGUCUCCUGAGUAUGUCUUGUCAAUAGGUGAAAUUUUAAGUCUGUAUUGUACUUCCAAGAAUUAGCAAGAAUCACACAUACCACCUGUAUACUCAAUAGCAAAUAGUAAAGGGAAGGGGAAGUACCAAGGAACAAUAGGUUGAGUGAGCUCCUUGAAGGGACCAGGAACAUAGAAUGUCAUUUCUAACACAAGGCUAAAUUUCCUAGUGUUAAAAUUUUAUGUCAGCCUAAUACUGAUUUAAAAUUUCAUCUUUUAAAUUCUUGAGUUUUUUGAAAUAUUUUAAUAGUUUCGCAAAGUAUGCUAACUGGUUCGUAGCUUCAGUCACAGAAAACAAAUUGUAUUUCAGUAAUGGUCCUGUAGCAAGCAAGAAUUCUUAGUCACAUGUUCAAAGUAACAAAUAUUUUGACUGAAAUGUGAGCUGUCAUGUUUGUAAGGUUGUUUUGUUCCCUCCCCCAUAAAACCCAAAGUAACACCUUUCUAAUGUGUUAAAAAUUUGUUUACCGACUUUUAUUUGGUUUGUAUCCUUUUUGUAUGACUUUUGUGUAUUAGAAGUAGAUAAAUUAAGUAGAGACAUUAGACUUAUUUUUAUAAAUCAGGAACUUAAACUGAAGUUAUGAAUUUGUAGACAGAAGAGAGCAUUUAUGCUUAUGAUUGCUCUGGAAGAUUUUAAUUCUUAUAAAUGCACCAUGAUUCCCAAAUUUAAAAUUCAAACACGAGUAAAUGCUAGCACAUCUUUAACCUGCUUAUUUACCAAAGUUUAAGAAUAGGGUCCCAAGAGCAUCUUUCGUAAUUGCCACCUGAAUGCUUAAAAAGAUAAAAGAAAAACCCUUAUGUGUUCUGAGCAAGAGCCACAGAAAGAAAACCAGGAAGAGAAGCAGAAAGGCAGGAGCCUGCUCAGGAAGAGGAUAAGGAAGAGUGUGUAUGCUUGUUCUGACCAAAUGCAUUCAUGUAAAUGUCUCAGGUAAAAGGCCUGUAGGAAGAAGCAGAUUCCAGGGAAAGUUUUAUUAAUACAGUAAUUUUGGCAUAAGUUUGGUUAACUUGGUUUAUUCUAAACUUGAUUUAUUUUUGGAUCCAAAGGACAGACUGAAAGUACUCUUAGUAAGAUAAUCUCAUUUUCAAAGGAUAUGAAUUAAGGGCAUGCCUAUUAAAUGUUGGUUUUUAUAGUGCACCCUAUAAAAUUAAUAGCACUGAACUGAAAUUAGAAGUGUGCCAUCAGAAGCCAUGAUGCUUGGCAUGGUGGCAUGGUGCACCUUUCAAAAUGACACCUGUUAACUCAUUAUUUUCUUCAGCAGGAUCCCUGCGUUAGAUUUCCCUAUUUAUCUGUCCAUCGGAAAAGCAUAGGAGUCAUGGUAGCAGCCCUCUGAAAAAUGAUCCUUACUCAUUAUUUGAGAGUAUUUCUUAGCAUUGUUCAGUGUACUCCAUUCAUUUAAUUUGUGUGUAGUUACUUGAACUCAGAAUAUUGGCUCAGUAUUGGUGUGCCAAGCAAUGGCUCUGCUGCUUAUGGUACAGACUUAGUGUCCUCCUUACUGUUCCAACUUUAAUGCAGUAAGUGCUGUAAUGUGGGGGUUGCUCUUUAUUCAGAAACUACUGUCCUUUCUCUGUGCUUAACUUGCUAAAAGUAUAUUCCCUUACCUGUGUAAUUCCCGAGCGGUGCUCUGCUGACUUGAGAGAGGAGGGGUUUGGAUGGCUGUCACUACACACUGGAUCUGGAAUUGUCCAGUGUUGUGAGUGGCAGAUUCUUAAACACCAGCAGCACUGAGAAGUGCACUACAGGCAUUCAUACAGUUAGUUGUCCAAAUGCAGCAGUACUUUCACCCAAAAGAAGCUGAGGUAUGUUGGGUUCAAUAGGAGUACUUUGAGUAUCUCAAGGAGGGCAAAUGAUGAACUCUUGUAUCUGAAGUAGAGUAGCCUUGCCUCUCUCUCUCUCUCUCUCUCUCUCUCUCUCUCUCUCUCUCUCUCUCUCUCUCUCUCUUUCUCUCUCCCCUCUCCCCCUCUCCCCUCCCUCUCUCCCUCUUUCUCCCUCUCCCUCCCUCCCCACCCCCCUCUCUCUGGUUUUAAAGAGAAAUAUAUAUAUACAUACAUACGUACACACACACACCCACACACACACACACACACCCUUUCUCUCUUAAAAGGCCAGGAUGUUUGAUUAUAUUGACCAGAGAUUAAGUCGUAUCUAGUUUUCAACUGUAUAAGUGCCAAGUAAUUGUCCAUGGACUUUUUACCAUUUGAUUAGGGAAAAGAUUUUUUUUUUUUGUUUCCUGGCAUUACGUUGAUUAAUUUAUUGUUUUGCAUACACUUGAGUCAUUCUGUGGCCUAUAUAGUGUUUUUGUAACUAUAACUAUACAGUGGUCUAAAAGCAAAGCACAUGAUCCUAAAACUAAGCAAGUUGUUUUAGUAAUUUUCCCCAUGAACACUUGAUAAUUUCUAUUAAUUCUAAGCAGUUAAUUUCUAUUAAUUCUAAGCAGAUUCUAUUGUUUUAGGUUGUGUAUUUUUUAUUUUUCCCCCUCAGAAAAAGCCAAGCACUAAAUCAGCUUGUGUUCUGCUAAUCAUUUACAAUCUAAGCUUUUCUCUUUCUUCUUUUCUUAGAGGAUUUAAUGAAGUGCCAUGUAAUUGUAGCUUACUAAUUAAUGUUUGAUAGACUGGUUCUGUGAUAUUCUCAACAUUUAACUCUUUCUUGUCAUCUCUGGAGAAGAUGGUUCUACUCUCAUUCUCUCUGAUAAAAUCACCAGCUGCUUUAUUUUUCUAUUUAUUAUACAGUUGAUAAAGUCUGGAUCUUGACUGAACUGCUCAGCUGAGAUGUUUUCAUAGUGGACACUGUAGAAAAAUGUGUGUGCAAAAGGACACAGUUGGGUGGUGGUAUUCUUUUCAUUAAUGUGAACAUUGACUAAACAAAGCAGUCCUGCCUUUUAAAUCUUGUGGCAGCUCAGAAGGGAGGUGCUUAAGAACCUUAACUAUUAUGUCAGAUGACAAAAUACUUUUUUUCCAUUUUGGAGAUUGGGUACUGCUCACACAUGAUGUAUAGGGCUAAAUAUAUGCUUGUUUCCUUGCACCUGUGUACUCUUCCCCUUCUCUCCCACUUUUCCUUUCCCUGUAGGCAAUAAAUGGCCAUUUUGCAACCGCAUA